ACAAUGCACCCCCCUGAAAAUAUGUUUACAAUCGGAGUGAUUUCUCCAUACUCGUAAUGGAGUAACGAUGUGUUUUAUAUAGGGUUCAUUGAUGCAUUUCAAUGUAACAAUGCUUUCUAAAGACAACGUAUUGACUUAUCUUGAAGACGGUGUAACCACACGCUAUAUGCAAGUACAAUGCAACAAUACACCCCACAAUAAUUAUUUACAAAUGAAGUACUUAAAAUACAGUAAUUUUCUCCUACUUUUUGUAAAUGCCUGUUCUUUACUAGGUCUGGUUUUGAUGGAGCCGUUUUACUUCAGUGAUUUGGUCUUUUUUCUUUUUUUUCUUAAUGGUAUAUCUGAGCUCAAAGUUUGGUGACUAUUUUCAUUCUCAUGCAAAUGUAAGUUUUCGCCAUGUUUGUAAAUCUAUCUUUAUGUAAUGAUAUUUGCUGCGUAUGACCCUCGUUUUGGUUUAAAAUUUAGGUCAAUGAUUGAUCUUUAGCACCCAAAAUGAGAAUAUUCUCCCAUCCAUCUUUAUCUUAUCUACUUGUUGAGCCCAAUCCCUAAAGUACUAACCAAUUAAAUUAUUACAACAUCAUAAUAAUGUUUCUCCAUACGACAUCAACCAAAAACAAAAUAUCUGAUUAACCAGAGCUAAAAAUGAAUCAAAUUUCCCAUCUUUAGCCAUAUUUCCCUUCACCUUCUUCUUCCCCAACCACUUCAUGGAGGCUGAGCCAAAGGCAGAUGAGUGGGAGCUCCUCUCUCCCAACACCUCCUUCCUUCGCUUCGGCCUCGAAGACAUCAAAGACCUCUACUCCAAGGAAAUAGACUAUGUGGACUAUUUCAUGGAACAACCCUACCUGAUCAUCGACUCAGAAGACGAUCAAGCAUCCAUCCACCAUGAUGAAUCCCUCCCAGAAGUCAAGGUUGAAGAUCUCGAGCAAACCGAGCUUAAAGACGAUAGUAGAGUUGAAAAGCAGGAAGAGGAUUUGGCUGAUAAAUUACUACGCUCCAAGCCUCCGCCGCGGCCGGCGUUUGUAGCGGUGAUAGCCGAGAUGGUACCGAUCACGGUGGCCAUGGCGGCGGCCAUGGUGUGUGGGUUUCUACUCGGAAGCGGGCGGCGGCGGGCCGAUACUAUGCGCUUCCACACUUAUAAAGACAACAAGGAGAUGAAGGAGAUGGUGAGACAGGCGAACAGGAUUAAUCAGGUGUUGGUGGGGACGGCAAGGGGGAUGCCGCCGCCGGUGAUGCAACCGGCGACCAUCUCGUUUGGCGGGUGCUUUGGUGAUAUGCUUUGAUGGGUUUUAGCAGUGUUGAUGGGUUUUGGCGUGUUGUGGAGUAGAUAAAUAUAUAUGAAUUAGAUGUUGACUUGUAUUUCCAUGUUAUUUAUGUGUACAUUAUUAAUCACAUUAACAUGGUUUUGGGUCAUGUAAUUUUGCUUU